UGACUGUUGGAUAAUCGCUCCUGCAGGAAUGAGGUGUGGAGCGGAGUGAGUGUCACAGGUGGAGCAGACAGUGCCGGGAUCAAAACAAGCUUUACGGACAACAGGCGGAGCGGUUUCCCGUGUAGACCCUGGCACCUCCCGAACCGUGGAAAUGAUCUCCUCCAGCAUCCUUCAUCACUAGCUGGGCAGUAUGGCUCCUGCUCCUCCUUCCAGAGAGGACACCAGCAGCUCAUUAGCACUGCGCUGGAGGCUAACGCCGACAUAGAUACCCAUCGACUUCAAACUCAACCGAAGCAGGCUGAGUAGCACUCCACCAACACUCCACAGUCCUGGUUAAACUUCUGAAUAAAUCGACAUCAGAGGAUCUCUGUAAACUAACAGGGCUGGUGCCAGGAUGGCACAUGUCCAGGACAGUGACGUUGCCACAGUCUAACGGCAUAUGGACUGAGAAUUUGGACCAUGUUCUGCCUCUGAUUUAGUGCUUUGGUGGCAGAGCUGGACCGUUAGGCCCUUCCACUCUUAGACAAACCUCGACUCUGAGCCAUGAAUCUUCUGUCAGCCCUAAGCAUCGUCUGUGGAUUGAUGCUCCAUGUUUGUUUUAGUGCAUUCAACGCUCACUAUUGUGUCCCACGAAACACCAUCCCCUACCAAAAUGGUAUGAAGUUGUUCAGAGAAGACGGGAUCUUCAACUACUCAGCUAUGCUGAUCAGAGAUGACCUGGGUGUGUUGCUGCUGGGAGCAAGAGAGGCCAUCUAUGCUUUGGAUAUCAACAACAUCUCAGUCAAAAAGGCCGUGGUGUAUUGGCGAGUGACUGAGGAGAAGCAGAGGGAAUGCACAUACAAGGGAAAACAUGCUGAGGUGGAAUGCCGCAACUACAUUCGCACCCUGCACAGCGUAAACGACACUACGCUUUAUGUGUGUGGCACGAAUGCCUUCAGCCCAACCUGUGAUUAUAUGACGUUUGCUAAUGGCCAGCUGACGCUGAAGGGAAAGCCAGAGGAGGGAAAGGGGAAGUGUCCUUUUGAUCCCUUUCAGAGAUACUCCUCCCUCAUGGUUGGAAAUGACCUGUACUCUGCUACAUCCAUCAACUUCUUGGGCUCUGAGCCUGUGAUUCUGCGCAGUUCAAACUUGGCUCUUCGCACCGAGUUUAAGAGCUCCUGGCUCAGCGAGCCUAACUUCGUCUACAUGGACUUUGUGCGUGAGAGUUUUGGUAGUCCUGACGGGGACGAUGAUAAAGUGUACUUAUUCUUUAGUGAGAAUGCCAUGGAGUACGACUUCUACAGCAAAGUUGCAGUGUCACGAGUGGCCCGGGUCUGCAAGGGAGAUAUGGGUGGCCAGCGGACGCUGCAGAGGAAAUGGACGUCGUUCCUGAAAGCUCGUCUGGAUUGUUCCUUCCCUGAACCCAGCCUGCCCCCCAUUGUCCAGGAUGUCUUCCUGCUGAAACACAAGGACUGGAGGAAGAGUGUCUUCUAUGCUGUCUUCACUCCGCAGUCGAGCUUGCCUCAGGUAUCUGCAGUAUGUGCAUACAGCGUUUCUGCUAUUCGAGACAUUUUUGAUGAGGGAAGGUUCAAGACGCCUGUUGCUGUGGAGACAUCACAUGUGAAGUGGGUUAUGUACACCGGUGAGGUGCCGGUCCCCAGACCGGGAGCGUGCAUCAACGAUGUGGCACGUAAAAUGGGGAUGAAUCGCUCUCUGGACCUUCCAGACAAAACCCUCCAGUUUAUUAGAGACCGUCCCCUGAUGGACGAGGCUGUUCAUCCACAGAUGGGGGCGCCGCUGCUGGUCAAGAGGGGAGCCUUGCUGACUCGAAUUGUGGUGGACAGCGUGCUGGCUCUGGAUGGACAGACAUAUGACGUUAUGUUCGUUGGCACAGAAAAUGGUUACAUUCAGAAGGCUGUCAACUACGGUGGGGAAAUGUUCAUCAUCGAGGAGAUUCAGGUGUAUGAAAACGCUGAGCCUAUCAGCAUCCUGCGCCUGUCAUCUCGUCAGGGCCAGUUGUAUGCUGGUUCAGAGUUUGGUGCUAUUCAGAUGCCGCUCAGUAACUGCAGCCGCUACAAGACUUGUGUGGACUGCAUCCUGUCCAGGGAUCCUUACUGUUGCUGGGACCCCUCCUCUGCACAGUGCUCCUCUGUUUACAACUUGUCUCCCUCUUCAAAAACUGCAAUCCAGAGUCUGAAAGAAGGAGAUGUGUCGCAGUGUCCUCAACUAGAUCCAGUCGUGGCCAUUGACUUAGCCCUUGUUCCAGGGAACAACAUCCAGCUUCUGUGCCAGCCUCAUUCCAACCUUGCACAGGCCCACUGGCGAUUCUCCAACCAAUCGCUUCACCCCAGCAACAAAUACUACAUCUACGACGGAGGCCUCCUCAUCCUGAAUGCAUCUGAAUCGGACACUGGUGUGUACAGUUGUGACUCAAUAGAGCAGAUAAACAGCCGAACACACAACCGGACCGUAGGAGUUUAUCAUUUACAUCUACACUCUGAGCCAGAAGUAGUGGUCUACCCCACUCCUAGACCCACAGUAACUAAAACCUUCAUUCACACUUUGAGAACAGCUGCACCAGAGCCAGGGUCGGGCUCAGGCAGCGAGGACCCGUUAUCCCCCGAGAGUCAUAGCACCUCCAGCAGGGUGAGUCGAUUGGAGGUGGCCGUGGCUCUGCUGUCGCUGCUUUGUUUCUCUUUGAUGGGGGUCAUAUUGUGGAUCUGGAUUCGAGGGCAUUUGAAGUGUUUUAAGUUUUUGCAGAGCUCCAAGGACCGUGAGGGAAGAAGAGAGUCAGCAGACUACAUGCACAUCCAGAACAGAACUUCAGAGAUAAAGCUCCUGGGGCCUGAGCUGGGGAGACCUUGCAGUGCCAAUAAUAAUCACUCUGCUGUGGACUUCAAAGGGAACGGGGAACAUCGCUUUCCACCUAUGGCCAACAUUUCAAGUCUGGAUGGUCUGGGAUACAUACAUGAUGAGUCAGAGAUUUGACUCUGCUGAGGCAGACUUCAGUCCAAUCAAAGAACUAAUUAUCUUCUAUAGGUGUACUUUCUCUAAGAGAUGGUCCUCAAGAAUAGAUUGUACAUUAUAAAUUCUUUUAAUUGACUUUGUUUCUGCCAGCCAAUUUCCUACACCAUCAUAUUCACCCUCUAACCAGGCAGCUGAUGUUCAGUGAUAUGACAUGGAAUUUUUGUUCCAGAAAACUUCUUAAACAUCAUGAUUAUACACAUAUCUUUUUUGUAUUAUGACAAAAGGUUAAUUCAACAUGUAAUAUAUCAUGUACAGACAAUACCAAUGUUUUAACUAUUUAUUUGUGUCAGUUAAGUUUGUAUUUCAUACAAAAUUAAAUUAAUUCUUGUACAUAAUGUUGACAACAGUGAACAAGUAGCAUGGCACCUAAUUUCCAAGUACAUUUCAUUUUAUGGAUCCUGAUGUUUACCUAAGAUAUCAUUCACCCACAGAGAGAAUAAUACAAUGUUUGACUGCGUUAAUAAUUCACCAUCAGCCUGGGCUACUUUUUCAUUUCCUGGUAGCUGUUCAAAAACGGAUAUACCGCCACUCUCAGGCAUUUCAAAGAUGCUCAUACAGUGAUUUAAAACUAUUGUUAUAGCUAUAGCCUCCUUUAAAAAAGUACAAACUAUUAUUGCAGGAAUAUGUCAAAAGUAAGGGUGAACUCUUGUAACUAGGGUCUGCUAUUUUUUGGGGGUGGGGUACAGAGCUGCUUUUCAAAUUCCAUGCAUACUGCAGUCUUACCAUGAAAAAUACAAAAAUGCCAUUGGAAUGUACUGUAGAGGUGUGGGUGUAUAUUUCAGCUGAGACUGCACAUGUAAGAAUGAUAGUCAACUUUUGAAAAACACUGCCUUGUUUAUAAAAAAUAAAAGUGUGACAGGAGUGUGGCGUGCAUCUAGCUGUCAGUAAUUGCAUGCCUCUCUUUCAGAAAGCCAGUGCUCUGUGACGUGUUGUCUUGAUGAAUCCAGCAGAUAAUCCCUGCGGUUUGCAGGGAGGGACAAAAACUCAAUGACUCUAUGGUUAAGAGCUCAUCUGUUUUGGUCAGUUAUAGGAGUUUCUCCUUCCUUUUUUCAUCAUGUCACAAACAGCAACACUGAGCUGCAUUAUGUUUGAUCUCCAACAAGAACUGUAGAUAUGAAGGGGGUUGAAGAGGGACUGUCCUCAAUUAUUCAUCAGUGCAGCAUAAGGAAGUUGUCAUGAACAGAAAUGGGGAUAAAUGUUGCUCUAAGGGAAUGGAAAAAUAAAUGUUACUGCUGCAUAAGUCUGUUAUUUGAGGGAUCCUCACCCUGCUUUAUACCAGUGGCUUUAGUUUGUCAUUGUGACAAAAAAAGAUAAAAAAAAAGACUUAGUGAGUGUAUCUAACUUGUUUUUGCUGCUGUCUCUUCGGUUUCUUCGUUUUGGCUGUUUUAAGCUAUUCUAUGAUACUCCUGGCUUUUUGUUCUAAUCUCACACUCCCUUUUGUCAGGUAUUUCUGAAUAUAUCAGCAUGACUGCAGCAUGUCUACAGCUGGAUAAAAUGAAAUACGCCAAAGAAGGCAGCGUUUUCAGGAAAAUUAGAAACAGGAAUUGGCAGGGAGGAAGGCAGCUGGAAUGAAGAAAGGUCUUAUGACAGGUCUUACUAGACCUGUUCUUCUAAGUUAGCAUGAAACAUGUUUGAACAUCUGCAGGUAAAUGGUUGUUACCCAUCAAAUACACUAAUCCUACAUCAGUAGUAUUUAUAUAUGUAAAAAUAAUGUUCUGGAAACGAGCUGCGCUGUUAAACCUAAUGCUAAUUACUUAAGGAUACUUUUAAAUCUCACCAUUGAAAUGUAUUAUAUGACCAAACAGUAAAGACAUGUAAUGAGAGUAGAUAUGAAUAUUUAUUGAAAUAUUCAGAGAUGACUAAACAUUUCCAUUUCACCAAAUAAAAAAUAAUAAAAUAUUCAAUUUGGCAGUUGGCCAUAAAGGACACUUUUGUAACAAGAAGAGAAAUGUGUGAGACAGGCACCUUUACCUUAGUGAAGAUUUUCACUUCAUACAGGCCAUGACAGGCUUAAACUUGGCGUAACAUUAUCAACAUGAAGCAGAUGCUUGCUGGAUUGACAGAGGAUGAGUCAUGUCCAACAUUAGACUGCAUUCAAACAAUUUAUACGUGCAGGAUUUCACUCACCUAGUUUGUGCCUGUCACUGGUAGUUACAAGAGGUCAGUUCAUUUAAAAGCUUGAUUAGUCUACAUCUCACAGCAGGAUGCAUGCAAGCACACUGUAAUCAUUAAGCACAAAUUUCAAGUUAUCUGUGGAAAAAAUUAAAGUAACUGAAAGAUUAACAGCUCAUAAGGCUUUCACUGCAAGCUCUGACCACAAAAACCAAACAGUUUAGUUUAAAACAACAGAUACUGAGAAAUACUGAGGCACAGUCCAACACAAUAUCUACUUUGGGUGUGUCUUUCUUCAAUAUCAAAAUAAUGGAAAGAAGCAAGUGUUUUGGCACGCUAGUGUUCAGUGAGUAAUUACACAAGAGAGUUGCUUCACUGAAGCAAAAAUCCAGUUUUACAAAAGAAAAAAAAACAGCUUUUGUUAAGGCGCAAGUCAAGCAAGACAUUUUUUUUUUUUACAUGCAAACUGCACGCAUUAAGGC